UUUCUAACUUGUAUAAAUUUGUAUAGUUUCCCCCCGGCUGUGGACUGCUUCGGACAAGCACACCAACGCAUUGUUCCGGAGAAUCCAAGUGAAAAGUCCAUUGUUGUUGCGAAGUUUCUAAUCUGGGGAUUUAAAGAACAUCACAUGCUCGGCUGGGGGAGUGGGUGCUCGCGCACAACACGCAAAUAACACUCUAAUUCCAUGAUCGGACUCUCAAUCACAGGUUUCUUACUAUUUCAAAACAUUUUUCUACACUUAAAACUACAUUUUAUGUUAGAUUGAAGCCUUUGGAAAAGAGGAUCGCAAGAAGGAUCCGGAGGAUAAAGUGGAUUCCCACCGCGAUAACUUUUUCCAAGACAAGUGCGUCGACGUCAGUCCGUGAUUUAUUACCCAAAUAUGACGGUUUACAGCCAGCGGUCUUUGAUGGUCCUUGCUUUAUUAGGGAUCCUAUCAGGGAUUAUGUCUCUGCUAUCGGUCAAUCUGAUUUUCCAUUUACAAACACAACAGAUUGCUGUGAAGGAAUCUCCCCCCACCAUCUCCAUCGUGCCAACUAAUGUUUGGGCAGUGCUGAUGCCAGUGUCUACAGUGCUUUCUGCUCUGUCUCUCACGCUCAAUUUGAGCUCUGUCGUGGUCUGCCUUCUGCACAGCUACUUUACAACCGAGAUAUGCAGAGAAGAUGAUACGGAAAGAGCAGACUGGUUCCUAUUGGAUAGCCGAGCUGUCCGACAUGUGACCAUCGGACUAUUUUGCCUUGGUGUUUCAGUAUACUUUGCAGCUAUGUCCAUCUACAUGCUGCUGGUGUUUGAGGUAGAGACAGGCAUCGCCAGCGCAUGCGUACUGGCCUCGGGCAUCCUGAUUCUGCUGAUGAUCGUGAUUCACUCCCUGGUCAAAGCCGCCCGUACCGCCCAACACUACCGCGGUGGGGAACACACUGACACUCUGUACCAGAACCAGCACGGUGGGAGCACCCCUGCCGCCCGGCAAGGCAAGCUCCAAGACGGGGAAAAACCCAGGAGGCACCGAAACAACUCCCAACUCCACCGGCAUUUGUCCUACCCUCCUCCCUGCACCGACCCUAAGCAGCAUCACCAGCACUCCCCAUCCCACAGCCCUCAGAGCCACAGCAGUGACAAGGAGGGCUACAGUAGUGGUGGGAGUGGUUCUAGAAUGCACAGGACCCUGUCAACAGAGUUGCUGCAGUCUCCAUCUAAGCCCUGGAAUGGCAUUAACAAUGAGAUGCGGAGCGUGCUGGCCCGCAAGUCAGGAGCCUCCUGUAAAGACUCUACUCUGGUGUGACCUGACCUGCAAAGUCUUAGCAGUUCGUACAUUCCUACCUAACAAUCAAACGUUCCGAAGAACAGUAUGGAUAGAAAAUAGCUGAAGCUAUUUAAAAGCUCUGAGCUAUCCCUUCAUUUUCCAAGCACCAUUAAAACUAUUACUGUACAUUUCAAUACAGACAUACAGUGAAACUGUCAUUUUAAUACACCUUUCCUAACAUCUCGUUCCCUUAUUGCCUUAGUAUUGACUUUUUACACAGAAACCAUCAUUAUUAAACCCUCUCUAGAAUGUUUACUUACUGGUAUUCCAAUGGAAAAUGUUAGUAACUUAUAGCUAAUGCUAUAGUUGCUACGUGAUUAUACAAUUUAACGAGUGGCAGAGAAAUGCUUUAUAUUUUCAAGUGUUUGGUAUGUGGUCUUUGAAAUAUAUUGCCAAAACUGUUUAGUCUGCAUACUGUAAAACAAACAUAUUUCAUAACUUUGAAUAAAGGCGUGAGUAUGUUGUUACAAAACACUCUGUGGUAAAAAAUAAAGUGGAACAGUUUAAGUAAACCAGUAUUAGCACAUUCGGGUUCAUUCUAGUGCACUUACUUGAAAGUCAAGAGAGUGCCUAGAAGUCCUUGAGGCCAAGUAUAGCUUUGAGUGUGAUGCGUGAGGAACGACUAACCUUGGACAGUGUCUUCCAGAGGUCAGGAGGAAGUGGAUGGGGGAUGUGGUGGAGUGGCAGGGGGAAUGGGAGAGGGGGUCGCUUCAUGUGCGCUGCAUGCAUGUGCCAAUGGAGGGAAAUAAUUAAGAAAACAGAACAGAGACAAAAAUGGCAAAUAAAAUAAUGCAAAGAAAGGAGGAUGAUGAUUGCAAAGGAAAAUAACUACAAACAAGAAAUGGUGGCCCACGUCUAUGAAAAAGUUACCUUGGCUUUCACUCAAAAGGAGUUUAUAAGCCUCAUCAACUCCACCCUUGAGCAGGGAGAUUGUGUUUUUUCUCCUCAGCAGUGAUGAGUGGGUUGUGGGCAAUCAGACAAAUGAAGGAUACAGUGUUGUUACGGUGUCAAGGACACAGUGUUAUUAUGGUUUCCCAGAGCCAAAGUGAGAGGAAUUGGAUGUUUACUGCCUCUUACCUACGCCCCUGGGAGGUGCUGAUCUGUUCCUUCAUGCUGAUGGCUUGACGAAGGAGGCCAUCGAUGCUUUUGAAGUACAGGCUGCUGUUUGUCAUGCUUUUCACUGCACUGGAAAUAAAAAUGUGUUAACAAAUACAACAUUGAAUUGCCAAUCAAUGUUUUCAAUAUAAUUAAAAUCCUAAAAAGUAGACUUUAGACCAUGACUCCAAUUCCAUCGCAUUACAUUGGGUCAUUGGACCUUUAGCCUUGUGAGGGAAAUGUCCUGGCACUGCCCGAUGCACCUGGCUGUGUUGAGUAACACUUACCUAAUAAAUCUGACUUUUAUACCAAUUCUUGGUAUACAGUCUGAAAGAAAGCACUGCAAAAUCGUAGAGAGUUUCAUGACAAGCCAGAAUGUUGAAUAAAUGACAUUUGAACUUA